CAUUCAGAACGCUCAGCGCUGGUUCUGUUUCGCUUCCCUUGGGGACAAUUUUAAAAACUUAUUGUAAACAAAAUUGAAGAUUUUCGGUAGCAAUUAUAAUUAUUGCUAUUAUGGUAACCCCAUUUUUUGUCAACUAUUUGAACGGAGCAAGAGUUCUUACACAGCAAGUACUCUCCAGACACAAUUCUCUGGAAGGUACAGAGAUCAUUUUAUUUGUUUGUUUGUUUCAGUAAGCUUAUCUUCAAAUUAUCAUCGGGAUAUUUAUAGUCCCCUAUCCUAUGUAACCAAUCGAAUCAAUUAAGUAAGCUAUCGCAAUCUCUUAUUCUGUAGCCAAAAUAAGAUAAAUCAAGGUCACAGCCUGAGUAUGUCAUAUAUAAUAGGAAAAAAUUAGCUGAUUUUUUCUGGAGUUGACUGGAUGGGAAUUCAUCAUUUUCACAUAGGCCAUGAUGCACCUUGUUGACCCCCCAAAACUUUGCAUAACCAUCGUCUUCGAUUUCUCUUGGGAUGACUCUAAUACCCAGGAGAAUUGGAAACAACUGAUAUGCAAAAUUUUGGGGGAUGAAUAAAACAAGAAAAAGGUGCAUUAUGGUCUAUGGUAAACGUGAGGCACUGCUGCCACACCCUUACCCAAAAUCCCCUUUAAUUCCCCCGGGCAUUCCACAUGGACAGAGCAUGAUAUGACUAAAAAGAAGACCCACGAUAACCAGGCAUGAAGAGCAGGAAAAUGCAGCAAAUUAGGCUAUUAUACUCUCUGUGACCUUCUUCGCUGCAAAAACAAGCUGCAAAUAAGCAGGGGCAAUUUAAAAGAGCUCAUAGAUUUGAGCACUAAUGUAUGUAUGGUAUAUUGUUUGUGUUACUGCACCUUAGAGUAUCCCAACUGUCAAGGACAAGUUGCCAUCGUGACUGGAGGAAAUAAAGGUAUUGGUCUUGAGACAGUGAGAGGACUUUGCAGAGCAGAUGUAACUGUCAUAAUGGGUAUGUAUUAAUUCUCGCAAAAGCAAGUUUACAAUCUUUUUGUGCCCAAAGAGCACAAAGCAUGCGAGCAGCGCAUGAGCUGCACAUGGUCUUAGCGGAAAGCACAGUUGUUCGGCCCAUAUAGGUUAAAUAUGAUUCUCAAUUUCCUUUGUCUUCUAUGGCUAGGAGACAUCACAGGAAAUUGAAAAUCGACCUAGGUUAAAUCCAAAUUAACCUGAAACCAAAUUUGACAUGUAGAAUAUGUAUUGGUCAUUUCCUGUUGGUAUUCACAUCCAAUGUGACAUCAGCAGUGGUCACACGGCAUUUUAUGUUUCCAGGCAACAUUCAAGUGCACUAAACUGGUUCAUUGGACUGGACUUGCCUUAAUGAAGGUGUGAUGUUUUAUUCAUCUUCAAAGCAAUAUAUUAGACAUCGAAUAUCAGACGUCUGAUAUCAGACAUCAAACAUCAGACGUCUGCUAUCAGACAUUUGUUAUCAGAUGUCUGAUAUUAGAAAUCUGACAUUAGAUAUCUAACAUUAGAUAUAAUAAUAAUAAUAAUAAUAACGUCUUUAUUAAAAGCAUCCGAUAAAAUUACAUAUCUGAUGUUACAGUAAAAAUAUAUAUUGAUAGAAAAAAGUUACAAUGAUUAAGACGAAUAAAAAAGAUUAAAUUGUAAACGUUCAGUGUUAAUGCUGGGCCUGACAAUGGAUUUCCUUCGAAGGUUUGCAAUACAGUCUUUGUACCUAGGGAGCAAGCUUAUUAAUGGAUGGUCAUCGCGUUUGAGGUUAUAAAAAAGGCGUCUGUCAUCAUCAGACAUCAGACAUCUGACAUCAGACAUCUGCCAUAACAGACAUGCAACAUCAGACGUCUAACAUCAGACAUGUGAUGACAGACGUCUGACAUCGGACGUUAGACGUCUGAUAUCAGACACCUGACAUCAGAUGUCUGUCGUGACAUAAAUUAUCUGAUGUUAGAAGUCUGAUGUAGCAUGUCUGUUAUGAGACGUCUGAUGUCAGAUGUCUGAUAUCAGACGUCUGAUGUCCGAUGUCUGAUGUGAGACAUCUGAUAUCAGACAUCUGACAUCAGACGUCUGAUAACAGACAUCCGACAUCAGACAUCUGAUGACAGAUGUCUCACAUCAGACAUCAGACAUCAGACGUCUGAUAUCAUAUCAUAUCAUAUCAUAUCAUAACAGACAUGCUACAUCAGACAUCUAACAUCAGACAUGUGAUGACAGACAUCUGACAUCAGACAUCGGACAUUAGACGUCUGAUAUCAGACACCUGACAUCAGACGUCUCAUAACAGACAUCCAACAUCAGACGUCUAACAUCAAACAUGUGAUGACAAACAUCUGACAUCAGACAUCGGACAUUAGACGUCUGAUAUCAGACACCUGACAUCAGACGUCUCAUAACAGACAUCCAACAUCAGACGUCUAACAUCAGACGUCUGAUGACAGAUGUCUGAAAACAGACAUCGGACAUCAGACAUUUGACAUCAGACGUCUAACAUGAGACGUCUGAUGACAGAUGUCUCACAUCAGACAUCGGACAUCACACGUCAGACAUCAGACGUCUAAUAUCAGGCAUCUGAUGAAAGACAUCUAACAUGAUACAUCUGAUAUCAGACAUUGGAUAUCACACGUCUGAUAUGAGACCUCCGACACCAGAGGUCUAACAUCAGACGUCUGAUAUCAGACAUCUGUUAUCAGAUGUGUGAUAUUAGACAUCUGACAUCAGAUGCCUCAUAACAGAUAUCCAACAUCAGACAUCUGAUGACAGACAUUUUAUGACAGACAUCUAACAUCAGACGUCUGAUAUCAGACAUCGGGCAUCAGACGUCUGAUAUUAGACAUCGGACAUCAGAUGUCUGACAUGAGAACUCUGACAUCAGAGGUCUAGCAUCAGACGUCUGAUAUCAGACAUCUGUUAUCAGACGUCUGAUAUUAGACAUCUGACAUUAGAUGUGUAACAUCCGAUAUCUGACUUCAGACAUAUGACAUCUGACAUCAGACGUCUGAUGUCAGACAUCUGACAUUAGAGGUCUGAUAUGAGACAUCCGACAUCAGAUGUCUAACAUCAGACAUCUGAUAACAGAUGUCUCACAUCAGACAUCAGACAUCAGACGUCUGAUAUUAGACAUCUGGCAUCAGACGUCUGAUGACAGACAUCCUAUGAACGACAUCUAACAUCAGACGUCUGAUAUCAGACAUCGGACAUCAGAUGUCUGAUAUUAGACAUCUGUUAUCAGACAUCUGAUAUCAGACGUCUGAUAUCAGACAUCUGACAUCAGACGUCUAACAUCAGAUGUCUGAUGACACACAUCUAACAUCAUAGGUCUGAUACCAGACAUCAGACGUCUGAUGUUAGACCUCCGACAUCAGAUGUCUGAUAUCAGACAUCUGUUUAAAGAAAUCUGAUAUCACACAUCUGAUGUCAGACGUCUGACGAUGUCAGAUGACUCCUAUCAUGUAUUUUGAGUGAAGAUGACAAUCUGACUUUGGGGUAUCCAUUCUAGUCACCACCAUUUAUAAUCAUAAGUCAUGAUCACUUUCAUAAUCCUUAUGAACUGCAUCCACAGUGAUAUUUGCUAGAUGUAAUUUCUACUGUUAUAAACAAUAAUAAUUGUAUGUGUUAUUAUAAUAUACAAAUCAAAACAACUUAACUCUCAUUGCUGUAGUUCACUAGCAAUAAAUAUAUUUUCUCCAAUAACCAGUGUUUACUUCUUUUUUUUGCUAAAGCAUUACUCCUGUUAUUUUAUCCACUCAUUAAUUUUAAUAUUCCAUGCAUGCAAUAUCGAAAACAACUACAUCUGCAUAUGGCCCCUGUUUUUCAAAUGGGAUUAGUGCUCAGCGUGCAAAGAAAGUGGUGUCUGAUAGCCCGGGGCUAGUGGAUUUGCUAUCGGGCAAGUGAAUUCUGUUCUUAACUUGCCCAACGGACAAGUGAAGUAUUUUGAGGAAUUCAACUUACAGAAUUUAAGAACUGUGAAAUCAAUUCUACUCAUCAAAAAAUUUGGGGGGCUAGUUGAAAUGACGUUAAUGGGCUAGUAAAUGCUAGCUUCAGCUUGCCCGAAUGGCAAGCUGUAAAAAUGACUUUCUUUGCACCCAUUUGCUAUCCACUGGAUAAAUUACUACCCAGCAGUUAAGUAUUAACAGGAAAGCAAUUGCGUUAUCCACCAAAAAGUGGAUGGCGCUUAAUGCCUUUCAAACAAAUGGGCUCUGAGGUAUAGCAGAUACUACUGACACCCUAAUUAUUACAAUAUUAUUACAGGAGAUGGUAUGAGUUAGCUGUUAUUAAAGCAAUGCCACAGCAUAUUAGCCUGCAGUCAUCCACUAUUACACCCAUUUCCUUUUGACAAUAACUAAGUACUGACAUAUAAUGGAGUCAAAUGGGGUGAACAUGGAACCUGUGCAACUUUAGCCACCCUUCCUGAAUAAUAGUAACCUCAUUUAAAUCCCAUAUUUUUUGGCAAGGCAGAGCACUGGGUCCAAAUUUACUCCAACCAAACAGAGAUUAAGUAUAUCUCAGCUUCCAAUAGUCAGAGUUGAACCCCCCCCCUCCCCCCUCCCCAAUUACACAAUUUACUUUUUUUCUCCCGCCCUCCCAUCCCUAACUUUCUACGUGCCUCCUUUCCCUAGCCUCAAGAGGUUGUGUGAUACAUGAAUUUCUAGUUUUUUUUUUAAGGAUUGCACUCCAGAGAUAUUCCAUUGUCUGUUUAACCCACUCAACACAGUCUGAUGCAAUCCACAUGUCUCUACUUCAGCUUGUAGGGAUGCUGGUGCUGCAAGGGAAGCAAUAAAACAGCUCAAAGAAGAGCAACCACAAGCGAAUGGUAAAUUUGUUUUCAGAAUAUACCUUUUAUUAUACAAGUUGUUCUUUUGCAUGGCAAUUAGAUACAGUUGUAUAAGCCUUAGGUUCACUCUCUGUGAUACUUAUGAUUUACAAAAAAGGUAAAGGCACACACGAGCCAAAGGCCCAAACAGCCCAGGCUAUCCCGGUUCCUUAGCAUGAAGCAUGCCUAGGAGUAGGAGUAUUGCUACGUCCCCCAGCAUGGACAGGAUCCUAUAGUCCAUCGCAGGGUUAACCCACAGAGGUAUUGUUGCCCAUACCCAUUUAUACACCUGGUUAAAAAGAACUAAGGAAACAAUGCAAUGGGUGUUGCUUGAACCAGGUGAGGUGUUAAACUGCUAGCCCAUGCACACCUACUACUUAAUGAGUGCAGCCUCCUAAACAUAGCCUGUGCACAAACCCUACAUUGUAUCUCCUGAGAUCGUCAAAUCAUCUGUGGACAGGCUAUCCCAAAUAGCAGUUGCUCUUACUUUUCAUAUUGUUUUCCUCUUUAGUGAUUUAAAUUAAAACAGUGCUUUUGGAAAAGAUACAUAACAGUAUUUUUUUUGUUGUUGUUUUUCAAUCAGUUGAGUUUAUGGAGCUUGAUUUGGGAAGCCUUGGUUCUAUACAGAAAUUUGUAAAUGAAUUCAAGAAGAAGGGAAUACCCCUUCAUAUCCUAGUGAACAAUGCCGGGAUUAUGUUUCCACCAUAUGGUACAACUGAAGAUGGCUUUGAGCGACAGUUUGGAGUGAAUCAUCUUGGACCUUUUGCUCUCACAAAUUUGCUCUUAGAUGAGUUGAUAAAGUGAGAGAAUAAGUGAAAUGAAAUUAUUUCAUGUUAUAUAUAUGCCUCUGGCUAAUAUUUGUCAAAAAAUGAACUGUGUGUUAUUUGUGCAAAAUUACAGUCUGAAGAUGUUAAAAUACCACAUAUUAAUCAUUAUUGUGUUCUAUGUUUUGAAAUCAUGGUUUUACGACGUCAACUCUGUCAACACAGACACUGACGGGCCCAUAGAAAGUGUCCGUAUCAAUUAACAGGGUGUCCAUGUAGUGCUGGUUGAAUUUAGAGAAAAUGUAAGGGCUUUCUUUCCCUAGUGACAAAACAAAGUGUCCAUGAUAAUGAGGUGUUUGUAUUAAGGGGGUGUCUGUACAGCGGGGUUUGACAGUAUUAUGCAGUAAAUUAAGUGGGAUCUCAUGACAAUAUUUCACUAGAACAGGACAACGUUAGAAGUUCCAGAACCAUAAGAUCCGCAAAGAGUCUACAAACCAAAAUAGAAAUUAAGUAAGCUUUGGUAUGCAUUUGUAGGUGAAUAAACAAUUAUAAUUAUUAAUGAGACUUUAAAUGGAUCAAGCAAUUACAUGCGUCAGUGCAAUGGAUAAAUUCCAGACAGCAAAUUUAACUAUGGCAGCCUGACCAGCUGUUACACCACUGUACCAAGAGUAAUGAUAGUAACUCGCAAAAACUCUUGUAUUACAGGUCUGGCUCAGCACAAAGACGCUCCAGAAUUGUCACUUUGUCAUCCGAGGCACAUGCCCCGGGCACCAUUAAUUUUGAAGACCUACAGAGCAAGUAUGUGCAACUUAGUAAGAGCAGGGUAGCCUGGGGGAGGGGGAUGGGGGAACUCCUACAUGGAAAUUACAUGGGUGCUUGUCAUCUCACUUAUGAUAGGAAUUACAGGUUAUGGCUUCACUUAGGUUGUUGAUGACGGAAAACCAAUAUUUUUAACCAUGAAGGUAUCGCAAAAAACAAAAAUGCCUUCAUACUUUGUUGGAGUAUGGUCUCCUUUAGAUUAAUGGUCAAAUAAACGCUGAGCCACGCCCAGGUGGGUCUCCUAAGGGGUCAAUUCCUAUUUUCCGACGAGCAUCCCUCUGUCACUUUCAUACGUCUCCACCAGGCGAAAUAAGGUUUUAAAUAGAAACAUUAUAUGCCAUGUGAUAACUCACUGCCGUUCCAUUAAGGGAGCCUGGAAAUUGCCAAUUGCAGGAGCUCAUAUGGACUCCUAUCAAUUGUUAGGACCUGUCUGCAGAAAAGGAUCUUGGUUUUCCGUUAUAGUCUUGGAUAGGUACAAUAUUAAAUGAUACAGUUACGCAGCAUGGCCGAGCGUUGAGAGUGCCGGAAUUCUAAUUUGGAAGCUAUACUAUCGUCUUUUCGAAACGUCGAGUCUUAUGUUCUAAAAACCAACACCUUCUAAAUCCUACUGAGCCCGGUAUUCCAAGAGUGUCCUCUAAUUUUAGAUAACGAUAAUCCAGGUGAGACCCGGCAAUUUUUGAUGCAUCACUCUUACUUCGCGUAAUCUUCCUUUCUUAAAGUUAAGAAUAAUAAAAUAACGUCUAUUUGCUUUAUGAUCUUUGCAAAAUCUAUCAAAUCUUAUUGUCCGCUUCAAAAACUACAACAUAAAAACGCUUCUUAUUUUAAGACGAAAUCCAUCAGGAAAUUGACUGGUUUUAAUUUUCAGUGGACAAAAACCUUGUAUCAGAAUAUGGAAAAAUAAUUUAAACAAUAUGGCAUUUUUUUAAAAACAUUUUCAAGAGUUAUAGAUGUAAUUAGUUUUCUGUAAUUCCACCAAAAAAAAUUGCUAUGAGAGCCCGAGGAAAUGAAUGUAAAAUUUCACAAAAUGACAUCUCACACAUGAUAUUUUCAGAAUUUUACCUGUGUUUUCACAAUAAAAAAUUCUUGUGAAAUUUGACAUUUACUUUCUCGGGCUUCCAUGAGAAAUAGUCUUUGGUGUUGUUACAGAUAACUAAUUAUAUCUAUAGCCCUUGAAAAAUGUAAAAAGGAAUGCGAUAUUGUUUACACACUUCAGGAACAGGAUUUCGUCCACUGAAACUUGAAAUUACCCUAAUUCCUAAUAGAUUCCGUCUUAAGCUCUCAGUACGAUUUGGGAACACUAUUGGUACGUCAUCUAUUGGAGACAGGACCGCCAUUUUACGUGGUCAUGAGAUCCACGCGCGCGCAGGUCUAGCCGUUUGCAGGGCAAAGGCAGUGCCUUCAUGUCACAGUUAUUUAAAGACCUUGGGUAUAAGAUGUCUGGUCCCGGGAGUCUAACCCACGACCUCCCACUCUGAAGUCAAGCGCUCCACCGACUCAGCUAUUUCUGCUGCGGUUAAUCUCAUUUCAACAAUCUCAUGUUAUCAUUAAUCAGAAGCAGCAAAACAUGUGCAGUGCAGUGUAUGAUUUAUUUACACACACCUCUGCCUCUGCCUCUGCUCCCCUAACAGAAUUUACUACUCUCCGCAUCUGAGUUACAGUCAAAGCAAGCUCGCCAAUAUUUUGUUUACCUACGAGUUGGAUAGACGCUUGAAGACACGGAAUAGCCCUGUUGUGGUCAAUGCUCUUCACCCAGGCGUGGUCAACACAGACCUGUUCCAAUAUGUUCACUGGCUUGUAAGAAUACCACAAAAGCUGUUAGCAAACUUAUUUUUUAUGGUAAGUACAGAUGUAUUUGUGAGGUAGAAAGAGGACAAAAGAGGGGACAACGUUCCUCGUUAACUAAUAGUACACAUUUGAUUUUAAUCAACGUUGAUAUCCGUGCAAUCCCAGAAUACCGACCACGGGUCCUGACAUUUACUCAGCCAAUCCGCUAGACAUUCGUGUUAGGUGUGCAGCCAUGGGUAUAUUUCAAUAUACGUUGUCGUAUUUAAGGCGUCAACCUGACUCAACUAGUCUGCAAGGUCUUGUGGGUAACUGAAAAUCCUUUGUAAUUCGAUCACGCGCCGUUGUCAGUGCCAUAGAUGGUAUAAAACGUCACAAUUGAUUUUUUAUGACAGAACGACUGCUUCAUGGCCAAAUGUGGAAGUAUUUUUGUUAAUUAGCAAGAUUGCUAAAUGUUCUCGUCACGUAUACCUUGAGAGCUGUGGAUUCUCCAUGCUGGACGCUACGCUAUGGAGAGAGAGAAACCACUGCGGACAACCGCUUGCUUUUCCAUCGAGCAUGCGCAAAAACGUGACUCCUUCGUCAAAUGACAUUACUUACUCUGUUUCGCAGGAAACAUUAGGGACUUAAGACGUGACGACUGCCUGUACAUCGCAGUUUUUUUGUAUCUUUUUUCUGCCAUUUUUGCACGACUACAACGUGAAAAUUUCUAAUUUCGCGUUUUAUGGGGAACGUAAAAAGAAACGGCGAAAAUUUAUUUCUCCUUCUGAACUUGUAUGUGGUCCCUAAGUAUUCAACUUCAACUGGGCUGUUCUACAUCGGCAAAGUAAGUGGGUUGGGGAAAUGGCGAUAAAGGCGGAAAGUGCGCAAAUUUACAGCAUGCUCGCGUUAAGGCAGCAGUUAUAAGUUAGCGUAAGGAAACGCGCGCGAGCCUCAACUUGUUUAAAAACACGUUUUACCUGUUCAAAGUUAAUUUAUUCCUCUAUGGCGCUGGACGGCGGCUCGAUCAGAGAAGCAAACGGUCGGUCCCAGUGGUUUCUCUCCCUUUGUAGCGUUACAUCCAGCGUGGAGAGGCUACUGCUAGCAGGGUAGCAGUGUACGUCGCGUAGGGCGUCCCGCAACGUUAAUUAAAAGAGAAAAGUGUACUUCAGAGAUAAUAAAAAUAAUAUACUAAUAUUAACACAAUAACAGGAUAGCUUCAUUUCGUUUAUUUUAGACCCCUAAGCAAGGUGCAGACAAUAGUCUUUACGUGGCUCUAUCUCCGGAGUUAGAGGGUACAAGUGGAAAAUACUUUGUAAACUGCCUUCCGGUAAAGUCUUCGGAAGAAACAUAUCAAGAAGAUCUUCAAAGACGACUUUGGAAAGUUAGCUGUAAACUUACGGGCAUUCAAGAUUGACUUUGGUCAUACUAAUGAUUUAGAACAUUAAGAAGAAAAAAUCUUUAAUUAUUUGUGACAAGGUGUCUUCUUAGAUUAAUAUAAUAAACCUGGGAAGAGAUGCCAACAAGUUGGUUGGCUAUUAAAACUAUUAAAUAAAAUGUCUUACUGGUGGGAAAUAGAAGGUAAUGCGUACAUGACAAUAUUUUUCUAAAAAAAGUUCCAUUGUGCUCGCGAAUUAACUAACCAGAGAGCCGCUUUAGAGUAGUGCUGGGUGACCCGAAUGACUGUAAUGACUCCAUUGACUGGGAUUUGGAUAUGUGUCGAAACCACUUGGAAGAGAAUCACGUACUAGUUUUAGCACUUACAUCAGGUUUAUUCUGUAUACUGUAAUUUUCUGAUUACACACUUCUGAAACGCUGAAGACUCCGAGGGAAAGGGAGUUUAAAAUGCCUGGU